AAUAUAUUGGAAAAUGAUGUGUGUUGGAAUUAUAUAAGAUAUGCGAAAACGACCCGAAUAAAUAUAUCGCAAUGUUUCUCGCGGUCACGUACUCAACGCUCGCUUACGGUUUAUUUCGUAAUAAACGAAAUGGACGACGUCCACAUAUUCGUCGUACGAUAUGUAACCCAGAUUUUAAACUUUGUCUAUGCGCGCUUAUAAUAUACGUGACACGUGUAUAUAGGAUAUGAGGAAUCGGUGAAAAUGAAAAACGAGGACAUUUGGAAAUUUGACUCUUACUGGCUCUAUUAGCUUUUAUUAGCUUUUAUUUUUGCUCGUUAUCACGCUAUAUAGUUGUUGGUUUAUAGACGCCCGUCUAAACAAGAAAAUCCGUAUCGCCGCACUUGAUUUACGCACUUUUAUUAUAUUAUUUCUUGAUUAUGAAUAAGAUGAAGAAUAAUAAAGCGAGAUGUAUAGGAGAGCUAAGAAAUUUGUAUAAGAAAAUAUUGAUCAAGAGAGAGAGAGAGCGCUUGCUGAAUUACCGACAAGUGCAGAUGCAAAUCGUCGUCGCAUAUCUAGCGGCGUCGGAUCGUCGGAUGACGUUGGGUUGGGUGGCGUCAGUGUCAGAUGUCAGUCAUGUCAACCGAGUGUUAACACAACGGAGAUAAUUUUAUCGAUCGGUCAUUUAUUUUCAAAUAUAUUUUUUUUACUCUCGUAUAAAAAGUCAUUCUCAUCGCCGCGAAUACCCACAAACUUUUGCGAAAAACGUUACAACACUUAGCGGUCAGGUGAAUCUAAAAGUGAGAAUUUUCGCGUGAAAUAUUCGUAAGUCACGUGGCACGUGGCAAUCAUAAAAUUCUCAAAAGAUUGCAAUGCGCUGCUAACUGUUUUUUAAACUCGCAUGAGAACGGUGAUGUUAUUAAUUGCACUACUGCGUUUUUGGCAUUGGGAAGUGGUCGAGACCGUCGGGAGUCAAGACUCAAGGCGAAACACGGCAUGGCAUGGCGGGUGGCGGGGCGAACGAAGAUUGCCGCAGAGUUUGGUCUGGCGACUGCGGAGUGCGGACUCGGGACUCGGUGGACUCCGUGGGACUGUGGGCUGGGGAGGCGAGACGCGAGACGCGAGACGAAGACGAGAAGCGUGGCAUGGCGAGGCGAGGUGGGCGAGGGCGAGGGCGAGGCACGGGCACAGGCACAGCGAAACGCGAUGAGGCCGACACCGCCGACACGCGUGCUCCGUUCAGGUCAGGUGCGGCGAUGAGAACCUUUCUUAUGACGUGGAUUUCGAGGCUCCUGAACCGGCUGAACCACGUCGACGGCGUCAAUCGCGCACUCAGUCAGCGAGUCAGCUCAGUCUACCGGGUGCCCUCAACCAAGGCAGUCGCACGUGAUAUCAUCCGCAUCGGGAAACUCGCGCCGCGAGCGAAUGCACGAACGUGUUGUUGCGAUUAAAAGGCGCGAUACGCUUUUUCCAACGACACGCGUGCUGGGCUACUCAAAGUCUUCAGCUAUAACGAUCUGCGGGAGCUCGUUGUUGGACGAGCGACUCGACGGUGCGUGCAUGCCGCGCAACUCGGCGCGGUCAGCUUUCCGUGAAUCGUCCAAGAUCGUCCCGAGGGUCCAUAUGGUAACCGGAGGCCAAAGUGGUUAUCUUCCCACCGAGUUCCAGGGGCUAAAGGGCUGGCGGCGUCGUUGGAUUCACUCGGCCAUUACCUAUAUUUAGAGAAACUAUGUUUAGCAGGAACGAUGUCGUCCUGCGAGGAAUUCAGAUGGAAUGCGAGAACGGUUGCACAAAUGAUGGAAAUAAUGACGGUUGCAAGCACGAUAACAAUAACGAUCAAAAUCGUUCCGAGGGAAGCGUCGCAAGCGUUGCAAGCGUCGGAAGGGAAGAUCCGUAUGUAAAGAGGAGCCAGAGCAACCACUGUCAACCGCAUAGAGCUCCCUUGGUUGGCUGGCGAGACGGGAGUCCUACGAUUUGUUCGAGUUCCCCUCGGCAAAGCGUCGAUUUGAACGUCGACGACGUCAGCUCGCCCUCGAAAACUUGUAAUGUACGCGAAAUCAGUUUGGAUUCGACCGAUGCGACGGAGAGACCGAUCGAGCCGAUGCCGAUGGAACGAAGCGGUGCUUCGAAGCCGAAGCUCAUCAAGACUCAAGAGAUACUGAUUCGCGAGGGAUACGGUCGCCCCGAGUCGGUCGCCGGGACAAGGCUGAAUCGGCGAAUCAAGGACUCCAUCGACUCCUUGAGCAUCUCGGAGCGAGAGGAUUCGUCGAGUUUCAUCGCGAGAGGGACAGAACGCGAGAAACCGAAAGUGCCCGACGGCGGUUGGGGCUGGGUGGUCGUUCUGGCCUCCCUGGUCAUCUCCAUGGUGGCCGACGGGGUCUCCUUCAGCUUUGGCCUGCUCUACAUCGAGUUCCUUCACGAAUUUGGCGCUUCAAAGUCCAAGACCGCCUGGAUCGGCUCGCUCUUCAUGGCCGUACCUCUUCUAUCCGGACCGAUCAUGUCCGCUCUUGUCGACCGUUACGGAUGCAGGAAUAUGACCAUCAUCGGCGGCCUGGUGUCAGGGCUGGGCUUUAUCCUGAGUAUCUUCAGUAAUACCAUCGAAGUAAUGUACUUAACUUUCGGCGUGAUCGCGGGCCUCGGUCUAGGCUUAUGCUACGUCACCGCGGUUGUGAGCAUCGCCUUCUGGUUCGACAAGAAGCGUACCCUAGCUGUAGGUCUCGGAGCGUGCGGCACCGGGAUCGGUACGUUUGUCUACGCUCCGAUGACAGCGUACUUCAUCAAGGAGUACGGCUGGCGAGGCGCUUGCUUGCUCCUAGCCGGCACUUUCUUCAACAUGAUCAUCGCGGGUACCGUUAUGAGAGAUCCGGAAUGGUGGAUUCUGGAGCAACGCAAGCAAGACCAAGCUCCGCUGAAGAAGUCACACGGUCGUUCGGACGGAAGUUCGUUGGAUGAGUUCCCAGGCAUCGAAGAGCUCAGAAAGCUGCUCAGAAGCGACCAGGCGCCUGAAUAUUUUUUACAAGAUCUAAGUACGAGCACCGAAGCGGUCGACGGGGUGAAGAGGCAGACAACGAGUGUAGUUAAUCUGCCAACUUUUGUAAAGCGGAGCGAAAAGGUGCCUUUGGAAGUAUUGGAGUUAUUAAUGACCAAUUCUAGGCUGUACACUGUCAUUCUGGAAAAUUAUCCCAGCCUCCUAUUAUGUAGAAGUUUGUCCGAUAAGCAGCUGCAAGACUCGACGGGGGAGAUUUGUAAUAAAAGCGGCGUCACUAUGUCAAUGAGGCUUAAACGAGCUACGGAAUCGAAAACGAUCACCGAACAAAGAAAAGAUUCCACCUCCGUUCACGUCUCGACGAAACUCGGUUGCGCCAGAAAAAUGUCCAAGAAGGAGAUAGAGGAAACUAAUCCCUUGUUAGCGAAGGAAGUCACACAUAUGGUCGCACCGUUCGAAAAAAGAAAAUCCACGUCUAAACGCUACGUCGAGCCACAAGCCGAUGUCAUCAGGACGGACUCCAUACCUUGGCUUAGGCGACAGUUUAGCACCAAUACCCAUUAUUUCAAAGAUAUCAGAGUGCACAGAAAUUCGGUCAUGUAUCGCGGCGCUGCUCUAAAUCUGCACAAAUACAGAUUGAGAGCGAGCAGUUGUCCCGAUAUCUACAGAAAUAGUAUGACCACGUUGGCUAAGGAGAACGAACAGAAAUGGUACGCCGAGCUGGUAGAUUUAUUAAAGAGUAUGUUGGAUUUCUCGAUGUUUGUCGAAUUGCAUUUCCUGCUGAUGUCACUGUCGACGAUGUUGCUAUUCACAUGGUUCAUCGUACCGUACUUUUACCUGGCGGAGCAUCUAACUAGAAACGGUUACGCCGAGUCCGAUGCCGCUAAUCUUCUCAGUAUCAUCGGUAUAACCAAUACCAUCGGAAUGGUUGUUCUAGGCUGGGCUGGCGAUCAACCCUGGAUGAAUGUCAGUAAAACGUAUACUUGGUGCCUGAUGGCCUGUGGAGUGGCUACCAUAUUGAUGUCCGUAUUCACUCACCACUACGUGUUUCUAUCUAUAAGUGCGGCAGCUUUCGGUCUUUUCUUUGCCAGUACUUUCAGUUUCACUCCCGUUAUAUUAGUAGAACUGAUUCCUCUGGAAAGAUUCACUACCGCUUAUGGUCUUAGCUUAUUGUGUCAAGGAAUCGGGAAUCUUUUGGGACCUCCGUUGGCUGGAUGGUUCUUCGAUGUGACAGGUUCUUGGGAGCUUUCUUUCCUUAUGGCCGGUGGUUGGAUCAUUGUCUCUGGAAUCUUUGUGGGUAUUAUACCAUAUACGAGAAACCGUAAGAUUUUCGGUAGUGGGCCAAUCGAGAUGGAACGAACGAAUGACGAUGAUUGUUUGGCGUAGAGUAUAUAGAGAAUAUAUACACAGAUUCAUAUAUGCAGACUUUGCCUUUAUAAAAUAUCUACGCGUCAAAUAGGACAAAAUUAGUAAACGUUCUAACAAGAAAAAAAAACAACAAAAAGAAAGAAAAUUUAAUCGAACGAAUCUCAUCGUGUUACGACAUGUAUGUAACGAACAAUUUUUAAAUUCCUAUUUGUAGCGAGUGUUUAUUCGCAACGUACUUUCCCCUCGUACUUAACUUAUUCGUGUUAUUAAUACAUUCUACUUAUAUAAUAACUACACGUUGGUUUAAAAUAUAUUAAUUUGUACAUGAGCGCAUACACAGCACACAUUCGUACGUAUCUACAAAUUUCUUUCUACUUAAAGUGCACCUUGCAUGUGCAAAUUGUAUGUGAUAGAUUUAAUUUUAAAUAAUUAGAUUGAAUAAAAGCAAAUAAAAUACGAA